GUGAGAGCAGUAGCGUUGUUGUGCGCUUGCUCUCUCAGCAUUGGAAGUCAUUAUGCAACAUACAUCUUAGCUCCUCUCAAAUCACGCCUGUCCAGAGAAAUGGGCACAUCCAAUACCGAGUUCAGUCUUCUGCUCUCGGCCUUUACUCUCAAUAGCACUUGGACGCCUCUUGUCGGAGGAAUGAUGGCCAGCCGUCUUGGGACGACAUCGACAAGCAUAUUGGCUACUGGAAUCAUAUUCUCAGGGUUGUUGCUCUUGCUUGUCGGGGAUCUUGUGGAAGACGUCAAGCUCAUGACCUCCGGGAUGUUCAUAUUUGGUCUUGGAGUCAGUCCACUCGCUGUCGUACAAGAGACUAUCAUCGUCCGUUUUUUCCAUUCUCACGGACUAGGGAUCUCCAUGGCUCUAGGUCUUGUUGUUGGCAAGAUGUCAUCAUUUGUCUCUGCACGCACAUCAUACCCUCUCUCUCAGCGUUUUGGUCCCCACGCACCAUUCUAUACCGCAACAGGUCUCGCAGCCAUAUCAUUUAUCGUAAAUCUCAUCUACGUCCUCACCUCAAGAUGGUUGGUCUCCGUUACGGGAACAGAACCAGAAGUUUCCGAUCUACGCUAUGAGGCUCGCCAACACGGUUCUAUACAAGAUGUAUCUGAAGAGGAGGCUCUGAGAAUGAUCGCCAAAAAAAAGAAGGUCAAUCUCAGGGACAUGACACAGCUCGGCGACGUCUUCUGGGCAUAUAUUGGCGUGAACGUGCUGUGCGGUUCGAUAUGGCACCCGUUCACUCAUCUUGCCGCAAAUGUCAUCGAAAAUCGAUACGGACUAUCCGAAUUAGACGCGAGCACGAAGGCUUCUUAUAUUCUUGCUGGAAGCAUGUUUUUAUAUCCAACAGUCGGCUUCAUCAUCGAUAGGGUUAAGCGGCCCGGUUUUGCCCUCAUGCUCCUCGCAUUCUCCUCCAUCCUCACGAUGUUCGCCUACGUAUGGCUAGUCCUACCACCGGAAACGAUUCAUGGCAACGUGUGGCCAGCUAUCGCAAGCUUUGCGGCCGGCAUCGGGUUUUCUCCUCUGCUUCUUGUCGUUGUCGUUCCUCAGUUGGUACCGAUGAAGUAUGUCUCAACUACCCUUGGAGCCCAUAAAAGCUUGGAGCAGACUGGGACCACUAUAUCGCAGACUCUGGCAGGUUUGAUUUUAGAUGCGAAGCCUCGCGAUUCUCCUACCCCGUCGAUUGGCGACAAACGCAUUCAACAUCUUCUGAAUUAUUUCUUGAUGCUGAACAUGCUACAAUUGUUGGGAAUCAUCUGUUUAUGGUACCUUGACCGACAGAAGAAGUCGGCCACUACUCACCACCGACAAGAUUCUCUUUUGGAACCUGUAGAGAUUAUACCACCGACAAAAGUGUCUGGGGAUGUGAGUGAUGGCGAGGAUUCUUACCAGCCUCUCGAAUCUUCCUCGUCUGCAAGUCACAACGAGGCCGAACACAGCCCGCUUUUACCUGACCGCUCUCGUCAGGAACGACAGUAUCGUCGUCCAAAUUCUUCACGAAAAGGAUGGCUUUUCAUGGGAUUGUGUGCUGUAUUGAUUGCUACAGCUUGGGUAUUGUUUCUUGUCACGGCGUGGUUGAGGCUAAGGUCG